GGAAUUUUCUCCCCAAACACAAAUUCCCAGAUCAUAUAAAUAAACAGUAAAAAAAAUCAUAGUAUAAAAGAAGGAAUUGGCGCUUCACGGUCUCCUUCAGUCUCUCUUUCUCAACCCUAACCAACUCAUGUAGCUCCAUUGUCGUUGACCACCGUGCUCAGAUUACAGCUAAGGUCACCGCCUAUCAACCCCUUCCAGAAGCGUAGAAGAAGUAGUUGGCACUUGAUAUGGCUAUAGAGAAGAGCAGUGCUCGCAAAAAGUUGUUUAGGCGCUAGCAGGACAUAUAUCUAUCAAAUUAGAUAGCUAGGUGAUGGUAGCUUUGGGAAAUUACAUGCGAUGGUAAUUUAUCACAUGCAUCUGGUUGUUGAAACUUGAAAGAUGGCAGGGGAAGAUCAGAAUAAAGGAAAAGCUUCUAACUGUCAUCCAACAAAACAACGUAGUAGACAUCUACCACGAAUGACUACUCAAAUUCCACAGUAUGCUUUGUCAGAUACAGUAUAUCAUCCCUCUGAUCCACCUGCUAGGACAUCUGAUGUGACACCUCCACCUUCAAUACAAGGGGUACACUCACCAUGUACUUCACAACCAACAAAUUCAGAUGCAGGACGCACCCUUAGAUCAUCUAUUGCAUUAGAGACACAGAGCAAUGAUGGGAAGCCAAUUCUAUGCCUUGAUGGACAAGGAUUCUUACCUUCACGCCCUGCUGCUAAUGGGAUUACGGAUAUCCUCACGAGUCAUUAUAUUGACCCCUGGCCAUCUUGGAAGAAGAUACCGAUUAGCUCAAGGGACUCAUGGUUUGAAGAAUUUUUGAUUAAGUUUUCUAUUAGUCCACCAGAUUACAAUUGGGCAAAAAAGAAUUUUGAGAUGCGAGGUUCAAUAUUGCUGACAAAUAAGCUAAAUAAGGCUCGGACCACAAUGGAUAAACCAAAUUGGAUUAAAGAUAGUGUUUGGGAGAUAUUGUGCGAUCAUUGGAGAUCUGAAGGAUUCAAAAAGAAGAGUGCCCAAGCAAAAACAAAUCGAGCAUCUAAUUGUGGAGCAUCUCACACUGGUGGCUCUAUUUCCGCAUCUCAGCAUAGAGCUAAUAUGAUGAAAGAGACCGGAACCACUCCAACUCCAUUGGAGUUGUUUCGUCGCAUGCACCAACGUAAGGACAACACAUGGGUGGAUAGGAGAUCACAACUUUUAAAUGAGGCAUUUACACACACAUUGAAACAAUUGACCGAACGAGCAUUGGCACAAGGAAAACCUCCACCAAGUGAGUUUGAUGUGUGGUGUGAUGUAGCUAGGUCGAAGAAAGGAAAAGUAUAUGGUCUUGGAAUGGAAUCUAUGGCAGUUGCAGGAAGGCCUUGCUAUCAUGACUCAUCUUCAUCAAUAGAGUGGGUAAAAAAACAAGAGUUUGAUGAAUUGAGAAAAAAGAUGGAAGGAGUUAUAAAUGGAAGAGAUGGGCUUCAAACCAAAGUUGCAAAUAUUGAGAGGCUUCUUGAGCAGAACAAUGCAUUGAUACGACAAUUGAUGGAAAGCAUGAAUCGUUAGUCCAUGCCAUCCAUGUAGUACAGAGGAAAGUCAAGAUGAGGAUUAGACAAAGUCACGAAGUGAACUAUAGUGACUCGUUGAUACUGAUUUGCCUUUAAUGUAAUUGUGUCUUGUAUGACAAAUGUUUUACAGUUUGGAUAUUAACGUAUAUAUUAACUUUAUGAGGUUCACAAAAUGUGUUUUGAAAUGUUCUACUUUAAUGUAUUUAUGUAUUUUCUUA